AUGCUGUUGAAAAACUUAGAAAAGGCGAAAUAUUCUGACACAACACUAGCCCCUGAUGCUGCUGUUCCUGUUGAAGAAGUAGCACCAACUGAAGUUGAAAAGAAAAUUGAAAAAGUUGAACCGAAGAAAAAAGAAGAAACACAAAAACAAAAGCAAACAGAUGAAUCAAAAUUUAAAUUUAUUAAAUAUAUUGCAUCACAAAAUUUGAUGGAAUGUGAUUCACUUACAAUUGAUUGUACAUGUCAAGGUCGUGAUGAUGAUGAUCUUGAAUUAAUAUGGUUACGAAACAAUAAAAAAAUUGCUAAAAAUCGAGAUUUUCGUCAUGAAUGUGAACAAAAUACAUUCAAAUUAAUUGUUACUGCAGUAUUUCCUGAUGAUUCAGAUGUAUUUUCAGCUUUAUUAAAAAGUAAAUUAACAAAUAAUGAACAAUUUUCCUCUUGUUCAGUUAUUAUUCAAGCCCGUGAUAAAGAACCACUCGAUCCUAGCUUUGUUCAAUUUCCACAAAGUAUUAGGUUAGAAAAAGGUGGAAAAGCUAAAUUUAAUUGUAAAAUAUCGGGAUCAACACCAAUGACAGCCCAAUGGAAUUUUAAUGGUAAACCACUUGAUCAUGAAUCAAAUCAAUUUAUAUUAACAAAUGAUGAAACAGAAUUUUCACUUGAAACUCUUGUUGUUUUAGCAGCAGAUCAAGGUCAAUAUUUUGUAAUUAUUUCAAAUGAUAAAGGACAAGUUACAGCUGCAUAUAGUUUACAUGUUGAUCAAUCAUAA